AUGAAGUGCAUCCCAAGACGGAGCCUUUCCUCCUCAGCUGCAACAGAAGCAAAGUAUGAGUCAGCACAGACGACUCUCCAACUGGCUGUUAUGCAACGGAAGUACCAAUUCCUUCAUCACCUGGAACCCAUGUGGCAGUCCAUUGCCUUCUGUAGUUUUGUCUUCUUCCUCUUCAUUUCUCUUUUUGGGAAGGCCCUCAUUGAUCCAAUGACCGCCCAUGCCAUACCAUCAGUAUAA